AUGCCACGGUCCUCAAGGAGCCCCGGGGACCCAGGUGUCUUACCCGAAGACCUGGCCCACGGUGCCAGGGAUGCUAGGCCCAGAAGGACCACCCAACGAGGCCGAAACACCUGCAGGAUAACAGAGGAACCCUUACCAAACACAAAUCCUGACACCUUUCUGUUGCCUGCCCAUAUCAGUGCCCCGGGCCUGACUCAGUGCAUGCUGGGAUUUUUAUCCUGGUUGACCUACCUGGCCUGUUUCCUGAGGACUCGGGCCCAACGAGUGCUGUUCAACACCUGCAGAUGCAAGCUGUUCUUCCAGAAGCUCCUUGAGAAAACAGGCAUUCUGGUCCUCUGUAUGUUCGGAUUCUGGGUGUGUUCUAUGCACUUACCGUCAAAGAUGGAAGUCUGGCAGGAUGACAAUCCAAAUGGUCCACUACAGAGCUUGAGGAUAUACCAGGAGAAAGUGCGACAUCACACUGGGGAAAUCCAGGACCUCCGAGGUAGCAUGAACCAGCUCAUUGCCAAGCUCCAGGAGGUGGAAGCCAUGUCAGACGAGCAAAGGAUGGCCCAGAAAAUAAUGAAGAUGAUACAAGGCGAUUACAUUGAAAAGCCAGACUUUGCUCUCAAGUCUAUAGGGGCCACCAUCGACUUUGAGCAUACAUCAGCCACAUAUAACCACAACAAGGCUCGCUCCUACUGGAACUGGAUCCGACUGUGGAACUAUGCACAGCCCCCGGACGUGAUCCUCCAGCCCAACAUGACACCUGGCAACUGCUGGGCCUUCGCGGGUGACCGCGGCCAAGUGACCAUUCGACUGGCCCAGAAGAUCUACCUGUCCAACCUCACGCUGCAGCACAUCCCCAAGACUAUCUCCCUGUCAGGGAGCCUGGACACCGCCCCCAAGGACUUCGUCAUCUAUGGCAUGGAAGGCACCCCCAAGGAGGAAGUGUUUCUGGGUGCGUUCCAGUUCCAGCCAGAAAAUAUUAUUCAGAUGUUCCCGCUGCAGAACCAGCCUGCCCGGCCCUUUGGUGCCGUCAAAGUCAAGAUCUCCAGCAACUGGGGGAACCCACGCUUCACUUGCCUGUACCGAGUGCGCAUCCACGGCUCUGUGGCCCCACCCGGAGAUGAACCUAACUAG